CACAAGUGUUGAAAAAGGAAGUCUUACAUUUAUUGUAUGUUUUAAAUUUAAUCGCUGAUUUGUGAUGAUGAUUGCUGUGAUAUUUGAUUGGAAGUUUACGCCAGGUGUUCACGAUUCAUUGUGACAGCCGAUCGGGUGGAUGAUGAGUGAAGGGGGGAUGGAGGAGCGCCAGGGGCUGGGGCAAUAUGUCCGCAGCCAGGCGCGUUACGGCUACGGCACGGCAGCCACGAGUAACACGGCCACACGGAAAUCACCGAACCCGAGCGACGGGACGAAGUUUAUAAAACACAUGGUCUCAUCCACCGACACAUUGAUGGGCAUAGCGCUCAAAUACAAUGUCACUGUGGAGGAGAUAAAGCGUGUUAACAAGCUGUGGACGAAUGACAGUCUGUUUCUGAGAGAACAUCUUCUCGUCCCGCUGACGAGGAAUAACGAACACGACGUCUCCCACGACCUCAUUGUAGUGACCUCGGACCGCGAGAGGUCAACAUCAAACCCUGCACAGACUGAGUCAUCGGACAGUCAGCACAGUGAACACCAGGGGGCGUUGUCAGGGAUGGACUUCCUGAAGAAAUACGACAGCACGAUCGCCCAGCUCAAGUCGAGUGUCGAGAAGAUGGAGAAAAAUGCAAGGUUUCUAGAUGGUAUAGAGGAUAACCCGCUUUCUUUACUUGGUCCCCGACGAUCACGGUCCCGCGCCACAGACCGCCAGCGCAGUGUGUCGUUUGAAGAUCCUCACUCUCCUGUGCUGGUGAUCCGGACAAACACACAGUCACGACACGUGCAGGACACACUAGAGGGCGCUCGCAAGGCUAACGAUGAACUCUUCCAGUUGUGAUAGUUGACACAAAUGGCUAACCUCGGCCGCUGAUUGAAAAGUGAAAGGGUUCAAGUGUGAUAGCUUGUCUUGUUAUGUACAUUUAAAUUAUUGGAUUGAAAAACAAAACACCAAAACUGGUGAAAUGUUUAAGUGUGAUAGUGUGUCUUGUUAAAACAUUUUAAUUAUUGACUUGAAGUGAAUCUGAAAGUUAAAUAUUCGAAAUGUGAAAGUUUGACACAUUAAUUAAUAACAUUUGUUGUUGGCGUGAACUAAAUGUUUCAAAUGUGAUAGUUUGUCACAUUAAACAUUUAUAUCGAUGGCUUGACAAAGUCCGACUGUGGAAUGUUUUAAACAUUUAUAUCAAUGGCUUGACAGUCUUGACUGUGGAAUGUUUUAAACAUUUAUAUCAAUGGCUUGACAAAGUCUGACUGUGGAAUGUUUUCAGUUUGAAAAUGCUUAGCCCGCUCAAGUCAUAAGAUUGUCUCAGUAAUGCUGAGGUAACAGCUAGUAGUCCGCUUCAAAUCAAUACAUUUGUAGUUUGAUUAUGUAUACAGGGCUCGAACUUAACGAAUGCACCGACAGCCAUUGCCUUGUUGAGAUAUUAACUGCCAUAGGACAAAAUAUCUACACCUCGUGUACAUCGCCUGCCUGUAUUUAACAACCUGUAAUUAACAUUGGAAAUGUCAGGCCUCUUGAAUAUUGAAAAUUCUGCGUGACCCAUUUAUCGGUUAUGCAGAAAUAAAUCCAAGUAACUCAUUUCAUUUUUGUGUAACCCAUUAUAUUCAAGUAAAAAAUAGGUUAUGCAAAAUUAGAUUCGCGUGAACAAUGCGCGAACAAAAUGAUUGUUCUUACAAUAGUCAGAGGCCUUUCAAUCAGGUUUAUUUCCUGUGAAAAUCAUUUUCUAAACAAUUGCCAAAAGCAGGGAAUUUCACCCACGGCAAUGUGUUUUUUUAACUUGCUGCUGGCAAAAAAAUACUUAAGUUCGUGCCCUGUGUAUAAUAAUUUCUCUUUACAAUGAUUUUUUUUAAUGGACACAAUUUUGGCUUUAUCUAAUCAGCAUUAUUACCAUUUAACAGAUAUCAUUUGUCUUGACUAAAAAGUUGACAUUAACUGUGUGAAAACUUGACAUUGGUUGUGUGAAAACUUGACAUUAACUGUGUGAUAACUUGACAUUGACUGAAAACUUGACAUUGACUGUGAAAACUUGACAUUGGGUGAAAAUGUGACUGUGUGAAAACUUGACAUUGGCUGUGUGAAAACUUGACAUUAACUGUGUGAAAACUUGACAUUGGCUGAAAACGUGACACUGUGUGAAAACUUGACACUGACUUUGUGAAAAUGUGACAUUGACUGAAAACUUGACAUUGACUGUGACUUGACACUGACUGUGUGAAAACUGUCUUAUGACUUGCACUCAAAUAGCAUUGAUCAUCAGGGUUGUCAUCUGUCGACCUUGUAUCUGAUUUCAGUUUUUCUGAUACAAAAUAAAGUUGUGUACAUUUUAUCGUUUGAAAAAUUUCCACAUGAAUUUGCCAAAAUAUUUCCUUCGAAAAUUGUGUGCCGUCUGUAGAUGAAUCAUCAUUCCGUGUGUUUGGCUAACUGAAACUUUAAUCUGGCUGCUGGGUUUCUCACCAAACUGAUGACAAUGAUUUCUGUCCACCGCCUCCAUUAAUGUCAGGGCUAACUCUGACACUCGCCAAAUUCGCCAAUUGCGAAUUUUAAACACAACUGCCGAAUUUUAUUUUAAUUUGGCAAAAGAGUUGCAUGUAAUAAUUGAUAUUUUGUUGAAAAUAUUUGUGGGCUUCUGCAAUUUUUGGCAUUUAAUAGAUAAUUUGGCGAAAUUUUCUACAUAGCCAGAGAUAGCCCUGAAUGUAUAGUAUGGAGCUUCAGCUGUUAAACAGAUCUCUUAGCUUUUUUUAGUCCCUUGCCAGUCCAACCAGAGGGGAAUAUAGGUUUUGUCUCAGUUCUUGUCUGUGGAGCUGACAUUUUGUAUAUAGCUUUAUCAUGUACUGUUUCAGAUCAAUUGACUUUUCCUUGCAAUUUACAAUUUAUUCACAGAGUUAUAGCCCUUGAACUUCGGAAAGGAAAGGAAAGAAAAUGUUUUAUUUAAUGUGGCACUCAACACAUUUUAUUUACGGUAAUAUGGCAUCAGACACAUGGUUAAGGACCACACAGAUAUU